UGAACACGCACAAAAAUCAUUUGCCAGGCAGCCGAUCUAUCCUCCCCUCUCAAGGUCCACGAGCCUAACUCCCGUGGCUUCGCGUCACAAAUGUUCGAUAAAAUUCCUCAAAGAGCCAGAGAAACCAAACCAAGUUUUCUUCGAUAUACAACUGCCCCCAACAAUUCACCAGUUGCUCAAUUGGGAAGCUAACAGGCUUAACUAUGCAGCGCAUAUCAUCAAGACUCACGAGAACCUCUUCAUUAUCAACACUCCUGACCCGAACAAUAAAACGCAGUUCCAAUACCCAUUCUCUGAAGAGCGCAAAUCUCCAAAAACAACAAGAACCCGCCAUCCCUGGUCAUUUUCUCAAAUGGGGUUCGCUUGGUUUUGUUAGAACAUCAAGGUUUGCAACUGGGUUCACUCCAUUAGAGCCGAAACCGUUGGAUUCAAUCAUGGAUAUUGAACGGGCCAAGACUAAAUCUCCCGAGGAUCUCGCCUCCAUUUGGGACGAUUAUCAUUUGGGAAGAGGACAUAUCGGGGCAUCCAUGAAAGCCAAGCUUUAUCAGUUGUUGGUGCAAAGAGCUGCAGAUUGCAAAUAUUUUGUCAUUCCUUUGUGGAGAGGAAGUGGUUAUACAACAAUGUUUGCUCAAGUGCAGAUGCCACAUAUGAUUUUCACUGGUCUUGAGGACUACAAAUCAAGAGGAACUCAGGCGUCUCCCUACUUAACUGUCAAAUUCUACACUGAAUUUGCAGAAAGCAAAGAUUUGGUUCUUAUCCGAGGAGAUAUUGUUUUCACCAGCAAGCUUACUGAUGAAGAGGCUGAAUGGAUUUUAGAGACUGCCCAAUCUUUUUACCUAAACGAUGGGAGGUACAAGCUUGUUGAACAGUUCAACAAGCAAACCCGAGAUUUCGAGUUCAAGGAUGUUUUGCGUUCACUGAACAUGCCCAUCAUGUGAUUUUGUGAAAGAAAAUUGACCAACUAGAAGCAUAACUGUCACAGGCAAAUAUUUAAGGCAAGACCUAUGGAAUCAAGCAGAUGAAGGAAAGCCCUUAUGCACGUCUUUUCUGCUGAGAUAAAUUGCUCCAGUCGGACCAUUUUCCUGUUUGAAUAAUGUUCUUGCAUGCAUCCAAUAAUUGUACCUGUAAGAAGGCUAUUGUGAUUAAUUGUCCUGGUAGAGGAAUGGUUUUUGGAUGUUCCAAAAAUUUUGUGAAACAAGGUACAGAGCAAUAAAUUGUGCACGCGUUGUUAACCUGU